AUGAUAGACUUGACUGGUUGCUUCCUUGCGUUCAAAGCCUAUUCUGACCUUCAUUACGAGCUGCGCGAGCCCGUAUCGAUGUUGCCUGACGCAGAUGCAGGCCCAUUACAAAGCAUUCCGGAAAUACGACCAGCAGCAUCAGCGCACAACACGUCACUUGACCGUGGGUACUACGCUUCCAGCAUCCAGAAGUGUCACAACCUCCGUGGCUACGAUCACGUAUUGGCCAUGUCUGAACUCAAAGCCUAUCCCGGAUCAUGUCAUUGCGGCGACGUGCAGUACCAAGUCAAGCUCAAAUUUCCGUCCACACACAACAACCAAACCGAAUCCGUUCGCAUCUACAAGUGCAAUUGCUCGACAUGUCAGAAGAUGGGUUACUUCCACUUGCGCCCCAUCAACCCUACUGAGCACUACAUUCUCAUAUCACCAAACCCGGAAGAUCUUGGCGACUAUCGCUGCUUCGAGAAAAAGCACGGGUGGUAUUUCUGCAAGAACUGCGGCGUGCGCGUCUUGGGCCUGGGCGGAUCCUGGGAGCAAGUCGAGCUCGAUGUCGAGAAGUGGGCCGAUCCGACGAAGGGAUCCGAAAAGGAGAACCUGCAGACAGUGUGGAGAACAAUAGGUCCAUCAGACCCGAAACCAUACUACUUGAGUGUCAAUGCAGUCACACUCGAGCCGACCGAGGACACUGAUUUGAGGAAGUGGCACGAGAAUGGAUGGAUUUCCUACUGUGAGAGUCGAAGGGAUGACGGUACACCUACGCGUUUCGGUAGGCCGCACGAGGGAGGAAUGUAUUGA